AUGGCAUCGACCGACGAGUUACACAUCUCGAAUCUUUUCUCGCUCAAGGAUCAUGUCUGUCUCGUUACCGGUGGCGGAACUGGAAUUGGUCUGAUGGCUACUCAAGCCCUCGCUUCAAACGGCGCCAAAGUCUACAUCACCGGACGCAGGAAGGAAGUUCUCGACAACGCGGCAAAGACGCACAGCCCACAGUCAUCGAACACCGGUCAAAUCAUCCCCAUCGGCCCAUGUGAUGUAACCUCCAAGGAAGACCUCGAAAAGCUGACAGCGGAGCUGGAAUCCAAAGAGAAAUAUCUCUCACUUGUGGUCGCCGCCGCGGGUGUCUCAGGCCCCAAGGGCUACCCUGAUACCAGCGACGCCAAGCAAAUGAAAGACAACCUCUGGAGUGAAAAGCUCGAGGACUGGAAAGACACGUACCAGACGAACGUCAUCAGCGUGUUCUUCUCCGUCGUCACCUUCCUCCCACUUCUCCAGGCAGCACCGCCGAAAUUGGAAGCUAGCGCAAUCAUCAUUUCGAGCAUGUCGGGCCUGAUGCGCCACUCGCAGGCCCAUUUCUCGUACAAUGCCUCGAAAGCCGCGACGGCGCAUCUCGCGAGGAUGAUGUCCAAGGAAUUCAGCAAGACGGGCGUGCGUGUGAACAGCAUUGCACCGGGGUAUUUUCCCAGCGAGAUGACGAUGAAGGAGUCGGACGAGAAGAACAAGGCUCACAUGCCGGCGGAGAAGGUCAAGGACAAGGGUCAUGCCGUACCAGCCGAGCGGGCGGGCAGUGACGAGGAGAUGGCCAUGGGGGUGAUCUUCCUCACAAAGUGCGGGUAUGUCAAUGGGGAGGUUUUGAAGUUGGAUGGCGGAGUUAUGAAUGAGGUGGGUGGUGGUUGA